AUGGGCGGCGUUAAUUACGAUCGGUGCCAUGAGGCAGGUUACGACAAGAAGAUGAGUCUGACGUCGACAAAUCAGGCGCUCGAAAGAAACGUUGUUCAGCUCUCUCAGGGUAAUGGAGGGGUGGCGGACAAAGAAGGUCCCGUGACCGCUAGCUCGACGAAUGAAAAGUCAACGGAAGUUACGCUGUCGCCCCCGGUUUUAGCGGACUUUCGUUACGGCCGUGAGGACUUUCUUGCCUUGAGGCCCCCGCUGCAUCAGAAGCCACCUGAGGAGUUCGUGGCGCGUUUCGAGGAGUUGUUCGUCGACUUGCAGCAGCCGGCGACGCUCUCACCAUUUUCGGAAGUGGAGCAGCGACUGCUAAUGGGAGGCGUCAACAGCGCCAAAGUCAUCAAUGCCAUCAACCAUGUGGACAAAGAGCGGCCUACCCGGUGGCAAAUGGGACCAAGGGGCGCACCGGCUCGUCCGACCGCUGAUCCAACUCAA